CGCCGCCGCCGUUCCCCGCCGGAGGAAGGGGCGGGGCCGCUCGCUGUGCGUCACGAGCCGCCCCGGCCGCCGCUGCCCGCCCGCGGAGCGGCGCCGGGGGAUGGAGGCGGCGGCGGCCGGAGCGCGAGGAGCAGGUCCGGGCCCCGCGGGAGAGGGCGCAGUCAUGGUGCCGCAUCCCGGCCAGGAGCCCGCCCGUGGCUAGAGCCGGCCCCGGCCGGAGAGCUGCGGCGGGGCACCCUCAGCCUGAGGGCAUCCCUCAGCCUGAGCGCCUCCCCGCGCGCCCCCGGCAUGGAGCCGGGAGGCCUGGAGUGGCUGCUGGUGCCCAUGCAGCAGCUGGUGUCCUGGGGCGCCGCGGGGGCCAUGGUGUUCGGCGGCGUCGUGCCCUACAUCCCUCAGUACCGCGACAUUCGGCGGACCCAGAACGCGGAGGGCUUCUCCACCUACGUCUGCCUGGUGUUGCUGGUCGCAAAUAUUCUGCGGAUACUUUUUUGGUUUGGAAGGCGUUUUGAAUCCCCGCUUUUGUGGCAGAGCAUUAUCAUGAUCAUUACAAUGUUACUGAUGCUGAAGCUGUGCACUGAAGUUCGUGUGUCCAAUGAGCUAAACGUCAAACGCCGCUCUUUUGCAGCUGCAGAUAGUAAGGAUGAAGAAAUCAAAGCACCUCCCAAGAGAUCCUAUCUGGAAAUCUAUUGUCAUCUGCUCCUGCACCCGGGAAUCCUGAGCUCGCUUUCUCCAGCCUCCCCCCACCGCCGCUGCUUCUUCGGAGCUUUGAGGUUCCCCUGCUACUCUGUAGCCCUGCACUGCCCAGCCCUGCCGGGACACCCCUGCUGCUCCAGCUGCCAGCGCAGAGCUCCUCAUCUCAUCCACGGGUCCAGAACUUUCCUUCCUUCCAGUUCGGCCUCUCGGAGCCCUGCAGGGGCACUGAGAUCAAACUGCCCCGGGCUUUUGGGAAAGCCCUCAAAGUUCUUAGUUCUGUUUAUUAUUGAUGCUGUAGUUGUUGUUUGUUUGUUGUUUUAUCAUAUAUACUAGUAAAGAACUGUUAUUCCUAUCCCCAUACCUCUGUCUAAAAGCUCCUUUAAAUUUUUUUUUAAAUUAAAAUAGUUUAGAGAGAGAAGAUUUAAAUUCUCCACCUCUAGAGAGGUCCUGCCCCCUUCCUAACAGAUAUCUGUCUUUCAAACCAAGACAAUACCUGUCACUGUAUUCAGCAGAACCAACAUUUUAUUUCUUUAAAAAAAUAUCACUCCCAUUACAGGACUGAUACGUUUGGACACCCUUGAGAAGGAAGCCAUUUGGAAAAAUGAGUCACAGUUUAUUUCUAGACCUUGAAGUGAUGGGUGUGUGACUUUAUUCUCUCUGAAUUUUUGAAACCAUUUCUCAAAGAAAAUAAACUUUAGCCUUGGUUAAAAAGAAGCAAUCAUGUGGCAAAACAUUUGAGCAAUUCAAAUAAGGGCUAAAGAACAACCCUUAUGGAAAGUCAGGUGUUUCAUUCUCAUACUUUUUUUUUUUUUGGUAGUGCAGAGUGUGGUGAUGUGUAGUGUCCUGAAAUAGACUUCUGCAUCUGGAGAGUACAUUUGUUAAGUAGAGCAAUUAGUGAUUAUAUAUUGGGUUGUUUUUACAAGAACUCAGAUGUUUUUCUUCAAAACUAUUACUGUUAUGAUUGCUCUUAUCUGACAAAGGAAUAAAAACUGUCUUCCCUUCUUCCCUUCUUUGUUAACUAUAUUACCAAACAAAAUAGCAGAAACCACAACUUACCAACUACUACAGUAAAAUGGAGAUUAUCUAGCAUUAUGAUAGUUUUGAGCAAAAGUGUCCCUGUGCUAGUAAUUAGUUCUCCUGUUUCAGCUGAAAUCCUGUUUCACACAGUGUUUUUCUCAUCUGUGCUCAAGUGUUUGCAUGGAUCCAUGGAUUUUGUUGCUUGCCUCACAGUAGCUGUGCAAACGGUGACUUUUUGGUUUCAUGAACUUCUUAAACUUCUGCUUCUUCCAUGUAGUUUUAGUUCUUUGAUUUCUAUUAUGCAAAUGAACUAGGGAAAUUAGGAUUUGGUGUCCAGGGAUGCGUAUUUUAAAAAGGAUCCCUGAGCAUGUGGAGAACGCAGGAGGAAAAACGCAGUGUACGCAGGGCGUAUGUGACAGCUGGUAGGAAGCUUUAAUGGGUGAAGGGCCAUAGGCUCUUCAUCUUCAAAAAGGAAAGCCUUCACAAAGCUCUAGAAAUGCAUGAAGCUCAUGUGGUUUGGGCUGUGCCAGCACUGGAUCUAACUUUUAUUUAGUCUUGUGUCCCUGAAUUCUGAGGCUGAGGAGCCACUACCAUAAAAUACCGAAAGUCAGCAUUUACAUUGGCAGUGAUUUUGCCCCAGGUAAUUUCAUUCAAUUCUGGGUAAUGGCUGACAAUGCUGCAGGUUGGGUAUGGCUCCUGGCCAGUUGUGCCUUUCUUUUGGGUGGCAAAAUAAAAUGAUUCAGCUGGGUCCAGUCAGGAGGUGUCCUGAGGUAUGGGGUUGCCUGGUACUAAAAAGAGAAUAGUUAAUAAAGGGUGUCUGAAGGCCAGACGUGUUCUGAUAUGAAGUGUUAUAAAUGUGGAAUGGUUAAUUCAUGUUCUUAUGAUAAAUUAGAAAUUUAUAAAAUUGUAUAAAGUGAUAUCAGGUAAAAGUUUAUGUUUUAAGAGAUUCUGCAGCAGACGGCAAAACUGACAGCCCUGAGACAGCCAGCGCCCCCAUUCAGAAAAGAACAAAGGAGUUUUCUGGGAAAGCCCGCAGCUGCCCAAGCACCAGGGAGGGGACCCUGGAGAUAAGCUGGCACCAGCAACUCACACCUUGGGUGCCACCUUCACAGACCAUCAAGACACAUCUUCGAUAAAUCGAUCAUUCAUCAACUAUAAGGACCUAUAGAAAUUGGACAUUAACAUUUGAAUUAAGAAAAGAACUCUUUUCUGCUUGGUUGGGGAAACUCCCGAAUUUGUAUAGUUGGUGAGGAAACAAUGGGAAAUAUGGGGAAAUAUUGCCGAGGGCAGAAUAAAGUGUAUAAAAACCAAGCCCCGAACCGGGCUAAUUUGUGAACCGUUGGGGGAGAUAGCAGGCUGCCAGACCCUGUAUCUCACGGUUCACCCUUGACAUUUCCCGGGAAAGCUCUGUCAAGUUUUUCCACUGUUGGUGGGCUAUCGAAAUUCUGUGAUUUGAUUUGUUAUUAAUAAACCAAAUUAUUAUUUAAAAUUGGAAUAUCUGAUUGGCAUUUAUAACAUGAAGGUACGAAGAGAUGCAGAAAAUAAAACUAUUACUUGGUGUGUGUACGUGUCCUGAGGCAGCUAAGUGCCUAUGUUCCCAUCUCACAGAAUUUUCAGUUAGUGUUAGUCAAUGGAGGUUGAUAUCUUCCUUGCUUGAGUUAGCAGUCUUGACUACUUCUGAAGUGGCAGCAACAGAAAUCUUCUGGUGAUGUGUGUUGCAUGGCAUUGGGCUGGUUGUAAUAUCCCUGUUAGGACAGUAGUUCAUCACCUUGGUAGUUCAGAGAGUCCAGUUGGUCUGAAGUAGGUGCUUCUAUGAAAGGAAGUCAGGAACAGCACCUGCUAACAAACAGUUACCGUAGCAUUUUUGUUGAAAAUUAACUUGUUACCUUGCUAUACAGUCAGUUGCUAUGGGAUUGUGUAUUUUAUUAUUCAUCAAUAAGACGGCUAUGUGAUACACUUUUAAUGUGCCAAGAAAAUGCCAUGAUUGGUUUGUUUCUUCCCUUCUUCCAUCAAGAGGGCAUAUUGUGUUUUGUGGCUGAGCAUUUUGUUAUGACGGAUACAGAAAUGAGUGCUCAACCUGAACUUCUUGGUGCUGGCAAAGGCAAGAGCAAAGUUUUGGCCUGGGAAUGAAAGUGGUGAUGUCUGUGAGAGGCUUUUAUUCCAGGGAAAAUCUUACCUCAGUCUUGUACCUGUCUCAGUAAAACUGUAGCAGCUGCACUGGCAUCUUGCCCUUCACCACACGCAGCUGCACUGCACCAGAGAACAGAGCUGUGGACUUCAGGUGACCUUCUAAGCAGCUUGGAUUGAGGCAUUUGGAAGGCAGAGAUAGAACCUAAGAGAAAGAACGCUUGCACUGCUGUGCUUAGGGCCUGUUAUUAGUAUUGGAAGGUUUUUGGGAAACAUUUCUUAUGCCAGCUCCACUACAGCAGUAUCCAGAGUCCUUUACACUUGAUAUAGGAAGGUAUUUUUGAAAUGCUUUCUUUUAAAGUUAUCUUUGUAAAUACUUUAUUGGCUUGCAAGCCUUUGUUUUCUUGUUUCUUUAUCAAACACCUCCCCCAAAAUGUUUUUGAAAUCGGGACUAUUAUUCUUUACUGUUCUUGUUGUUUCUGUGGGGAUGUUUUUGGGGCGGGAGGGGGUGGGUGGGGGUGACUGCGAGUGUUUGGUUGGUUGUUUUGUUUUUAUUUUUUCAAUCCUAUCCCUCAUUUUCUACUAACCCCUUUCAUCAAAGACUGUGGCUCUCUCAGGCUUCACAGUUCUCAAUUCCACCCUGAUUAAAUUUGAGUUGUUUGGGAAAACAAAUUUCAUUCUUCUUGCAUUUCUGUU